GGCAUGAUUGAGCUGUUAUAUGGCUUAUCUGUUAUACAGAGGAUUUUACAUCAGACGUAUUCCCAGCACAAGUGACAAAUCGAAACUCCAAAAUGAAGUCUGUUGUAAAUUCAUUCAUUUUAAUCCUCUGUAGGAAGAUCUGACGGGACCAACGUCAGCCAGUUUUCACGACUCCGUAUACUCACGUCCCAAACAAGUCAGCCUGUACCUAUUUGUGGUUUAGUCCGUUGCAAAGUGUUGGUGUCAAUUUGUCAAAUACAUUCACUUUUACCUAUAAGAAGAAGAAAAACUCUUGUUUUCUUGUAACGAUGUCACGAGAAACACUUAUUAAGAAAACUGUUGCCCUCUAUGAAAAGCUCAAAACGGAAUGGUCAAAGAAAUCUAGAAACUUGGAUAUCUGUGGAAAAUAUAUUUCAGAAAUUAAGGUUGAAUUGACGAAACUGCAAUUUCUGCCUGCUGCUGGGUCUGAAGUGUCAAAAGAAGAACUGCUUGUGGCAAGAAAUACCCUGGAAAUCGGCGCCCUGUGGAGCAUUGCAAAGAAGGACAUCCCUUUAUUUGAGCGUUACAUGUCCAUGCUCAAAGUUUACUAUAAGGAUUACAAGGAUGCUAUUGUUGAGUCGUGUUACAUGUACGAGCUACUGGGUCUCGACCUGCUAUGCCUGCUAGCUCAAAACAAGGUCGGGGAGUUCCACACGGCCCUGGAGCUGCUGCCUCGGGAGGUGCUACAGGAGAACGUCUACAUCAGACACCCUGUCGCCAUGGAGCAAUACCUCAUGGAAGGAGCGUACAAUAAGAUCUACUUGGCAAAAGGAGAGGUUCCGUCAGAUCGUUACAAGUUCUUCAUUGACGAGCUCCUGACAACCAUACGGGAAGACAUUGCCGACUGUCUUGAGAAUGCUUACGAGCGCAUCAGACCUGAGGAUAUUGGUCGUAUGCUCUACCUCUCUGACACUGCGGAGAUCAGGGCUUACUGCAAACAGAGAGGCUGGUCAAACGACAGCAGCGGCUACCUGGUGUUUGGCAGCGGCGGCACAAAGCAGCAGCACGAGGAGCUCAAGCUGCCCUCCACCACCCUAGCCGAGCAGAUGAUCAGCUAUGCUAGGGAGAUGGAACAAAUUGUCUAAUCUUUUUCUACUGUAUUGCGUCUUUCCGCUUAAAUAAUAAACCAUUACUAUAAAGUAAAUCA